AUGGGGUUUUCGAGCCUCCCGUGCGCACCGUGCGUCUACCUCAGGGGGACUGGUGACUCGAAAAUCAUUAUUGCGGUGUAUGUUGAUGACAUGCUCAUCACUGGCCCAGACCGUAAAGGAGUCGAUGCCGUCAAGGCCGCCAUCACGACCAAGUGGAAGAUCACUGAUAACGGACGAGCCAAAGAACUCCUGAAGAUCCGAAUUUCCCGCAAUAGACAGGCUCGCACACUCACCUUGGAUCAACGCGCAUACAUCGAAAGCAUCAUCAAGCAAUGGUUACCCAAGAAUAGCAAAUCAUGGUGUCCCAUGGACUCCACGCCAGUGCCAGCACCAAUGGAUUUCGUGCCGUCCGCAGCCCUCAAAGAGCAAUAUCCAGCUCUGGUCGGAAAGCUCCUGUGUGUAUCCACACCUUCAGACCCGACAUCUAUUUCGCUGUCAAUAGCCUUGCCCGUCACAUGUCGAGACCCACACAACCCGCCAUGGAGGCAGCCUUAA